UAAAAGUCCAUCUUGGGCAGCAUGACCAAAUCCGAACCAUAUUGCUAAUAUAGAGUCGACCGACGACUAAUGGUGAGAUGGGUUGGUUCUGGGGUCGAUCCAACAGCCAAGAUGAUCCCGCGAAAUCGCUGGACAAAGACCUGAAGCAAUUCCUCGACGAGCAGCAGCCGAGGCCAUAUGCCCCUGCCGAAGUCCUAAAAGCUCCUGAGGCGCCAGCUACGAAGCCCGUGGAACAGACCCUUCCAGACACAAACAAGUCCUUUGAAGAGAGGGCCCUUCCGGCAGAAUCACUGUUCCAAGAUGGCCGCUACAAAGACAUAUGGAAGACAUACGUUCCUCAAAACGAGAUGGCGGUAGCAACGAGCACGCCAGUCGAACGAGUCCUCGCGGCAAGGAAAGAUAGGAGACAAACAAUCCAUAAAGCGGCGUUGGAGAAUUGUGCCUUCGAGGAAGAGAUGCAACAGGAAUGCUUCAAGACGGGCGACCUGUCCAAAAGGCUCAAGGGGAGGAUAACCAUGUGUCACCAGGAGACAAAGGCCUUCAACCGUUGCUACGCGCUUCAGGCCAAGUUUCUGCAAGCACUUGGUUAUAUGACCAGCGCGACUAGUUCGGAUGAGGACGAAGAGAAGAUUCAAAUGCACGCAGACAAGCUAUACCAUCGCAUGAUGGAUUACGAGGCUGAAGUGGAUGAUGCAAAGCGCAAUAACAGGCCAAUUCCACCUUUGUCGUCAUUAUUCAAUCCGAAAAGGCCAGCUCCAACACUAGAGCAGAUGGCCCUCCCAAAGCCAAUGGAGGAGAAGCUCAAAAAGCCACUAAGUGACUACCCGCCACAUGAACGAGAGUUGGUGGCUCGGGCGGCUCUGCAAGAAGCAAAGCUGACGGAUCUCUAUGCCGAAGAUCUUUUCAGUUAUACCGUGACUAUGAAUGAGGACCGGAAAGCGCGACAAGCGUGGCUAUCAAGGACCUUCGGCGAGGCUAUUGGAAAGUUCUUGAUCCCGGACCCUCCAAAAGACCCUUCUAUCAAGUCUUGGAGUAUAGACCAACUGGAAAGAGACAUCUGGCAAGAGGAGAAGAAGAAGAACGAUGCACUACAAGCAGACAAAAAGACGUCAAGUUGAUACAAAAGGACAUUAUGCCCUCGUUCAGCCUUUGGUUACAAGCCGCAUUAUCCUGCAGAGUCAACUUACUCCACGCCCCAGACCCCUUUGAGAUAUAUCCGACACAAUUCAGCUGAUACUGGGGUCGGCGGUGCGAACCGACUUGUAUUGGUUUUCGAAAUAGAGGUCCAGCAACACAAUGAUGUUGUUGUUGAGACAAGAUGAGCUCUGACCUCGCUCGAAAGCCGUGCGCAAAAAUGGAUGGCGCGCUGCGAGAACUGCCUUGCAUGCCUUUGGUGGUGCUGAUCGCAGCACACGCUAUUUCCCUACGGGAGCCAAGUUAUAUUCAAACAUGGCUAUGACCCUACAGUACAACGAAGCUUGUCCACGCUCAGCCUUCGUAUGUUCCGGGAAGUGUUUUUUGGAGGGACGGUCGCAGAAGUGACGGAAGAAAGUCAGCCAG